AUGUCAAAUUUCAAAUGCGCGCCAGAGAGCGACAGAUCAAAAAAACAUACCGAUUACAGUUUACAAUUUAAUCGAUGGUUUCUGAAACCAAUCGGUGCGUGGCCACGAACAUAUGAGUCGAGCCUAGUGUGGAAAAUCUUGAUAUUACUACAAAUUUUCAUUUGUUCGAGCAUAGUAGCGUCCAACAUGAUACCGUGUUUAUUAUAUGUGUUAUUUGAAAAAGACAACAUCAAACUAAAACUGAGUGCAAUUGGACCAUUACUUCAUAGAGUUAUGGGCUCGGUACAUUACUGGGUGCUACUUAAGCGCAGUGGUGAUAUUAGCAAUUUAAUACGACACAUGGAAACAGAUUGGUGUCUUGUACAGGGGUUCGAUGAUCGUGAAAUAAUGCUGCAACAAGCUAAGUUCGGUCGUUUCGUGGCUAUAAUUUGUGGAAUAAUCAUGCAUGGAGGAACGAUCCUGUUCAGCUUGGCAAAGGCAAUGAAAACUGUAACCAUCGUUGUCGACAAUGAGACUUUUACGACGCAUCCGAUGACGUGUCCGAUUUACAACAAGAUUAUCGAUACGAGAUUUAGCCCUGUAAAUGAAAUUGCGUUGAUUCUGCAAAACCUAGCAAUGUUAAUAGUGAGUUCCUCUACUGUCGGUGCUUGCAGUCUAGCUGCUGUCUUCGCAAUACAUGCUUGUGGUCAGUUGAAUGUGUUGUACGAGUGGCUACAUGAAUUAGUUAAAAAUCAGGAAAAGAGAAACGAUAAAGCCAAACGAAAUCUGGCUGUUAUCGUAGAACAUCAUCUGAGAAUAUUGAGUUUUAUAUCACAAGUGGAAAGUAUUAUGCAUAAAGUUUCUCUUGUGGAAUUAACGGGAUGUACGAUGGUCAUGUGCUUGCUUGGAUAUUAUACAAUUAUGGCAUGGGAAACACUUGAUACAGCAAAAAUAACAUCUUACUUUAUUGUAUAUUUAUCGAUGGGUUUCAAUAUUUUUAUAUUUUGCUACAUUGGAGGAAUUGUUACUGAACAGUGCAAACUUGUCGGAGAAAUGGCAUAUAUGACUGAUUGGUAUAAUCUACAUCAUACAACUGCACGUAGUCUCAUUUUGAUUAUUGCCCGAUCAAAUAACGUAAUUAAGAUCACCGCAGGAAAGUUAUUCCAUUUAUCUAUCGCAACUUUUGGUGAUGUAAUUAAAACUUCCAUGGCGUAUUUAAAUUUUUUGCGAACAAUGACGUAA